AUGUUUGAUCCACAUAGUUUAGGUAAUCCAGCCGUUGUUUUUGAUAGUGGUUCUGGAUACUGCAAAGUAGGCUUGUCUGGAGAAACAGGUCCCCGUUAUAUUAUCAGCUCUGUUGUGGGACAUCAGAAUUUAAAAUCAUCUCUGACAGGGAACAAUGAGAAGAAGUACUUAAUUGGGGAUGAAGCCCUGUACAUUUGUGAGCCCUCAGACCAGCAAAUGGAUGAGAUGCUAGACCUGCAAAAGAAUGAGCCCAUAGACCUGCACUACCCUAUUCAACGUGGCUUUGUCGUGAGCUGGGACGACAUGGAGAAGCUAUAUCAGCACCUUUUCAAGUGUUACAUGGAAGUGAACCCCAGCGAACAGCCUGUACUCGUGACCGAGCCCUCCUUGAACCCAAGACAGAUUCGCGAGAAGAUGGCGGAGAUGAUGUUUGAGUCCUUCAAUGUGCCUGCCUUCUAUCUGUCUAAACAAGCAGAGGCGGUACUCUAUGCCUCUGGCUUAGUCACGGGCCUGGUGGUGGACAGCGGGGAGGAGAUCACCUGCACAGUCCCCGUCUUUGAGGGUCAUUCCCUGCCUCAUGCUGUCAACAAGCUCUACUUUGCAGGAAGAGACAUCACGCGGCACCUUUCCUGGCUCCUGCUGGCCAGCGGGAAUGCCUACUCCUACAUACUAGACAAAAUUGUAGUAAGUGACAUCAAAGAGAAGCUGUGCUAUGUAGCCUUUGAUCCAAAGGAGGAGCUAAGCAAGAGCCGAGAGGAGGUCCUGAAAAAAUACAUACUGCCGGAUGGUACUGUCAUCAGGAUGGGGGAACAGCUACAUCAGGUGCCAGAGGCCCUCUUUGUGCCGAAACUGGUAGGCAUCCAAAGCCCGGGGGUCUCAGAAAUGAUCACCAGCAGCAUCAUGAAGUGUGACGCCGACAUCCAGGAUGCCCUUUUUGGGCAGAUUGUGCUGGCGGGGGGCACCACUCUGUUAACUGGGUUCAAGCACCGUCUCUCGAAAGAGCUGGAACCGGUAGCUGCCAAAGGGACCUAUGUCAAGAUCAUAGCUUACCUCGACAGGUAUUUCUCCGGGUGGAUCGGCGCAUCCAUUAUGAGUUCUCUAAAUACUUUCAAAGAAAUGUGGGUCACCUCUUCUGAUUUCAAGGAGUUCGGGCCAUCUGUGCUCCAGAGAAAAUGCUGA